UAUUUUGUUGUGGUAAUUGCAUACGUUUGACGUUUGCUUGUGUAUCGGCCUUUAUCCCAUAAAAAUACAACAGUAAUCCCUUUAAUAAAUACUAAAAUAGAACUAAUACGUUCGAAAAGCUUAUUUUUCCGGCAUUGUUAACAUUUUAAAGUGAAAUGGAUUCAGUAAUACGUUAGUCAUUCUAAUUGAAUUCGUUGGUUGUUUAAAAUCUAUUUUUUUAUUUUUGUUAUGGAUUCAGUUCGUUUUUUAUAAAAUGAUUUCUAGAACAAUUUUAUUAAUGUGUUGAUGUUCAAAAUACAUAUCAUUUAAGAUGAGUAAACAUAUGUAUUCGACUGCCAAUUUAACAGAUAAAGAACUGAAAGAACAAGGAAAUCGAAUGUUUAGCAUGAGAAAAUAUGAGGAUGCUAUUAAUUGCUAUACAAAGGCCAUUAUAAAAAAUCCGGAUGUAGCCCAAUAUUUCACUAAUCGAGCACUAUGUCAUUUGAAAUUAUUGAGAUGGGAUCAAGCCUGUACUGACUGCAGAAGAGCACUUGAUAUGGAUAAUAAUUUAGUAAAGGGGCAUUUUUUUCUAGGACAGGCUUUGGUAGAAAUGGAGAUUUAUGAUGAAGCAGUAAAACAUUUGCAAAGAGCAUUUGAUUUAUCAAAAGAACAAAAAUUGAAUUUUGGUGAUGAUAUAGCUUCAGCACUUAGAGCAGCCAGAAAAAAGCGUUUUGCUAUUUUAGAAGAAAAGCGAAUAGCUCAGGAAAUAGAAUUACAGACGUAUCUUAAUCGUUUAUUAGUUGAAGAUAGAGACAGUCAAAUAACCAAACUAAUGAAAGAGGAAUCAGAUGAAGAAGUCAUUCAGGAAUGUGUGAAGGAAAUUGAAGAAAGAUGUGAAGUUUAUACAAAUGAACUAAAUAUGCUUUUUGCAAAAGUUGAUGAAAAGAGAAGGAAAAGGGAAGUACCUGAUUAUUUGUGUGGAAAGAUAAGUUUUGAAAUUCUUCAAGAACCAGUUAUCACACCUAGUGGUAUAACAUAUGAAAAAAAGGAUAUCGAGGAACACUUACAAAGGGUAGGCCAUUUUGAUCCAGUUACUCGAGUUAAACUUACUCAAGAUCAGUUAAUUCCUAAUUUUGUUAUGAAAGAAGUCGUUGAUGCAUUCAUUCAGGAAAAUGAAUGGGCAUUGGAUUAUUAAUUACAUGUCAUGUUGAUUUAUGUCCCAGACAUUCAUUCAUAUUUAAGCUCCGCUGAUUCUGUUUAUUAUUUAAAAAGAAAAUCGGUCAAGUAUUGUGUGCAAUGUGUAGACUUUACACAUGAAUUUUUAAUUAAACGAUUUAAUUUCAAA